AUGAGCGUCCUGCUAUCCUCCCUCAACUGGCCAUGGAGUCUCCAAACGUUGCUAGUCGGUGUUGUCGUCAUCAUCACGACAGUGCUGUGGAAGCGGUCUGCAACAACCGGCUUGCCGCCCGGACCGAGAGGACUGCCCCUGGUCGGGAACCUGUUCAGCAUGACUAAGGAACCCUACACUCGUGUGAACAUCCAUCAUGAUUUGUUUCUUCACCACCAGGAUAUCCCAGUGGUUUUCCAAAAGUGGUCUAAGAAGUACGGAGACGUCUUCACAGUGUACGCGUUUCGUCAACCGAGGGUUGUUCUGAACGGCUUUAGCGCCAUCCGUGAGGCUCUUGUGACGAACGCAGAUGUCUUCUCUAGCCGUCCGUACGUCCCGAUUCUUGGGUCGCCAGACCAGAGUGCAAAAGGAUUGCUCUUUGAGCCGUACACUGCUCGUUUCAAAGAACACAAGAAGUUCACCAUGUCCGCUCUCCGGGACUUCGGCGUCGGCAAGAGGAGCAUGGAAGGGAAGAUUCUAGAAGAGGCACAAGCACUCAGCGAUUUCAUCUUGAAGAAAGAAAAGCAGGCCUUUUGCAUCUCUCGGCUAUUGAAGAAUACAACUUGCAAUGUCAUCAGCUCUAUCGUCUUCGGUUCUCGCUACGAGUACGAUGAUGUCAAGGGUCAAGAACUUCUACUGAUGAUAGAACAAACGUUCUCCAUCAAUCGCAUUCAUAUGCUGCCGAUUAUGUUUCCAAAGGCUCGUGUGAUUCCUAGCUUAAGGGAGGGAUCCGAACGGUUUCUUAACAACCAGAUCAAGCUGAGGGAACACUUCCGCGAGGAAGUGGCAAAGCACAAGGAGACGUUUGACCGGAAUGACAUCAGGGACUUUAUAGACGCAUUUCUCCUGGAAGCUGACAAGCGAGAGGGAGACGAGGAUUCAACCUUCACCGAAGAGCAACUUGUUGAGAUCCUCCGCCAGCUGUUCUUGGCAGGUACUGACACAACAGCGAACACCUUGCACUGGGCCGUACUGUUCAUGAUUCUCCAUCCGGACAUCCAGCAGAAAGUACAGCAGGAGAUAGACAGCGUGCUGGGACCCAACCAGGACCCCUCCAUGGAGCAUCGCAGCCAGAUGCCCUACACAGAGGCCACCCUGAGUGAAAUAAACAGGAUGGCAGCAACCGUUCCAAUGGCAUCUCGACACUUUACCACCGGUGAUAUAGACUUUAGGGGUUAUCACAUUCCGAAGGCCACCGCAGUGGAGGUGAAUAUCUGGUCGGUGCUGCGCGACCCACAGCUCUGGCCCGAGCCGAACAAGUUUGACCCGACCCGCUUUCUUGACGACACCGGGAUGUUUACUAAGAGGGAAGAAAUGAUCGUGUUUUCUAUGGGUCGUCGCCUCUGUCCUGGUGAACGGCUCGCCAAGGUGGAGCUUUUCCUGAUCUUCACCUCCCUGCUGCAGCGCUUCACCUUCAAACCGCCAGAGGGCAGUGCAGUGCGGUCUGCAGAGGGAGUCUUUGGGUUGGUGUAUGCCCCGGCACCAUUUCAGCUCGUUGCUGAACCAAGAAAGUAAAGUUCGCAGUUUGUGGUCGUCUGUUUCAUAGAUAUCCAUAAACCUUCACCAAGAACGUAAUGUACAAUCAGGUGAUCUCCAAAGAUUCGAAUUAUAUCGUAACGAUACAAAACUACUUGUAGAAGGUACGGAGUCGUGGUACUCUAGUUGUAGUUUGAGAAUGUGAACUAAGCUUAUAACACUAAAGAUAUAACUUGUAAGUAUGAAGAUAAGUCAUAUAAACAAAUAUUUAUUCAGCAGAUGUUUACCUUUUGAUCAUAUAUCAACAUCUAUUAAUCAACCAUAUUUGUAACAAAUACAUCGUUAGCCUUUAAUAAAACAUUUAAGAAGUGUUUAUUAAAGGCUAACGAUGAGGUGUAAUAUAUUUGGGGUAUAUCUUUUAGUCAGAUAAGAGUACUGUUUUACUUUAUAAAUGUGUUACUGAUAUCCUGAUGCUAGUACACAGCAUACUACUUUUUAAAGCUAUAGGACUGAGCAUGUUAAUGGCAUAAAAAGUAAAACAAUACAUGACAAACCUGGUCAAAGUAAACUUUCACACUUUAUUUAUUCUGAUUACUAUAUGGCAUGGCAGUUAUCCAUAUGUAUACACAAUAUGUACAAAAGCUGCAAAUCUAAAACUCUGCACUGUAAA